AUGGGCCCAAUGGCUGCUACAGAAAGUGAUCAGAAUGCACAUGGAUUGGCUGCUGAGAAGAAAGACCAAGACGUGGAGCUGCUAAUUAAAGACCCACAACAUCAACCGGUUGCUGGGGAAAACCGUGUUGCUGAGCAGGAGGCCGCUGAGGCGCUGGAAGAGAUAUUAAGCCACUUCGAAUAUCAUUUUCACCACCUGACGUGUUCAACUCCCCGACAAUCGGCUCGCCACAGGCGGAUACCCGCCACACGCCUUCCGCAUCUUCAAUUUGCAGAGGUCAUUACAUCAACAUUGAGAUUAAAUCUUUCGAGAUCAGCUCCUAUGGAUGAAAAUGUCGAUACGACAAAGAAGAAAUCGAUUGGCAGAUCUUCCUUGAGCAAGAAGAAUGGUGCAAAGGUUCAUAGGAAGAUUCAUAAAGCAGAAAGAGAGAAGCUGAAACGUGACUAUAUGAAUGAACUAUUUUUAGAGCUCACAAAAGCUCUAGAACCAACUAAUCAGAACAAUGGAAAGUCUUCUGCAUUGACCGACACUAUUCGAAUUCUCCGAGACCUCAUAGCUCAAGUCGAAUCUCUUAAGAAGGAGAAUUCCGUCCUUUUAGCCGAAUCUCAAUACGUUGCUAUUGAGAAAAACGAACUAAAAGAGGAAAAUUGUGCCAUGGAAGCCCAAAUUAGAAAGCUUCAAAGCCAGAUAGAUCAAGCAGCGGGGACGGUUGUGGGGCCCGUAUUCGUAGUGCCCGUACAGAAUGACCCGAAGCUUUACAACGAACCCAAGAUUGGGUCCAAUGUGAGCAAACCACAUGCUCGAUACCCGUUGCCUUCUGAUUCAUGGCCAUUUAAUAUUCUUUCAGAACAGGCAAGAACAGAUUAGAAUGGAAGUGAUUCUUGUUUUUAUGGUUAGUGAGGUUUGUUUAAUCAAGUGAAAUAUUAUGUAAUUGGGGUUGUAAAUCUAUUUUUUUCCCACAAAAAGUCCAGUUGAAUCGCUUUGAAUUCAGGAUUCAAACUCACGUG